AUGGUGUCGUGGCCUCGGGGUCACCAUGCGGUGGUCCGCACCCUGCCUGGAGCCAGCAAGUAUGAAGCGGAACAGCCCCAAUUUCCAGAUGUUCCUGAAUCAAAACAUGGAUCUGUGUCUUUGGAAACAGGAAUACUGCAGCCAUCACAUGUGGAACAAUUUUAUUCAGCUCCUGCAGCUGAUACUGUUUUCCAACAAUUUCUUCCCAUACCCGAAGCAACCCCCUUUCCAGAACCACCUGAUCCAAAAAUGUGUUCUCCUCAAGAAUACUUAGAGUAUUAUAUAUUUCCAGUACUCUUACCCGGAAUGGCUGAACUUCUACAUCAAGCAAAGAAGGAAAAGUGCUUUGAGAGAAAAAGAACCAAAUUUAUUGCCAGUGAUUUCCUAACAGAGUGGUUAUACAACAAGAACCCAAAGAGGAAAGAUGAGUCAUUCACUGAAUUCUUUUCCAUUCCUUUUGUUAAGGACUGGCUAAAGGACCAUCCUAGGCCACCAAUUCCUCUGUCUCUCCUUCUAUCAGAAGAGGAAGCAAGCAUAGUAAUUCAGUCCUUCUGGAGAGGUUAUCGGGUCCGCUGCUAUAGUGAAAUACAAGAGCUACGUCGGUGGCAAAAGCAGUUGAGAGAGGAGAAUAACAUUACUGAAAGAGUGAAAGAAUUCUGGAUGAAGCAGGAAGCCAAAGCUAAGUCUUUGCAAAAGUAUAUCCCUCCAAAGUUUCACUUAAUGGCUUCGUCCAUAGGAGACAUGAGAGCGCACGGCUCUGUGCUCACACCCGGGGUUGAGGCUGGAAUAACAGGGAAUCGAUCUCACACAGCCAAGGAGCUGCCUCUGUGCUGGACCUACGCUUUCUCUCUGCCUCAAGAAGCUCCAUAG